UUUCAUUACAGUCCGUUGUCCCUUUUCCUUGUAAUUUUUCAUGUAUCUUGUUUCAUUCAUGUUGAGAUUUUCAACGUGGAUACCUGUUGUUGAAGAAAGGAAAUAAAGUGAUCAAAUUUGCAAUAAUUCAUAUUAAGGAUAGUAGAUUUGUGAGGUUUUUGUGCAUUGAAUAAGACAGUAAAAAUGGAUCCAUUAGCUCAAAUUGAACUUAAUGCAACUAACUACACAGUGAAAGAAGAUUAUCCAGGAUUUGGUUCUCCUGCUUUAGAACGUGAUAAAAAGACUCUAUUUUGGAUGAGCGGUGUUAUGGAAUGUUUCUCCACUGUUUUGUCAUUAUUCAAAAGUACGGAUUACGAGACAUCUCAAGAAGAUGAUUGGGAAGUUCCAUUUGAAUCCCUGUCAGACUUGGUGUAUCUUGGAUCUGGGGCACAAGGUGUUGUCUUUGGAGGCAAUCUUAAAGGUGAAAUGGUGGCAGUUAAGAAAUUACGUGACAAAAGCGAAGCCAACAUCAAGCACUUGAGAAAACUCAACCAUGAAAAUAUUGUGCGGUUCCGUGGUGUUUGUACAGUAUCUCCUUUUUACUGUAUAAUUAUGGAGUAUUGUCAGUAUGGGCCUCUGUUUGACUUCCUUCACAGUGGUGUUUCUUUUACACCUAAACAGAUUGUACGAUGGUCCAGAGAUAUUGCUUUAGGAAUGAGCUACCUCCAUUCUCAUAAGAUCAUACAUCGUGAUCUAAAGAGCCCUAACAUCUUGAUUGCUGACAAUCUUAUGGUGAAAGUGAGCGAUUUUGGAACAAGUCGGGAGUGGAACGAUGUUAGUGCCAUAAUGAGUUUUACUGGCACUGUAGCUUGGAUGGCUCCAGAAGUGAUACGUCAUGAGCCAUGUUCUGAAAGAGUUGAUAUAUGGUCAUAUGGAGUGGUUCUUUGGGAACUAUUAACCCAGGAGAUACCGUAUAAGACUUUGGAGACACAUGCUAUUAUGUGGGGAGUAGGAACAGAUACUAUUGCUCUACCAAUACCGACUACUUGUCCAAGCAGUUUGCAGUUGCUGUUAAAUCAAUGUUGGAAUAGGACACCUCGUAGCAGGCCUCCAUUCAAGAUAAUUGCAGCUCACUUAGAUAUGGCGGGUGAAGAACUUUGCAAUAUGGAUAUGGAGACAUUUAAUCGAAGUCAGGCUCUUUGGCGUCAAGAAGUAUAUGCCAGUAUGGAGAGGCUGUAUGCAAAGAACAAUGAAUGCGCCCCAGAUGUAAUCGCUCAGCGUCGUGAACAUCUUAGACAUGCUCGUGAUGUUCGCUACGUUUACGAACAACAGCUCUCCCGCGCUAAUGAGCUGUAUAUGGAAGUCUGCGCUGUUCGUCUUCAGCUUGAACAACGCGAAAGAGUCAUCGCUGAACGCGAGAGCGCUCUAAGUGGAUGCCGCUGUGGAAUUCGCAAGAAUUUUAAGUACUUCCAUCAUCAGACUUCUUCCUCGUCAGAUGGCAUGAGAGCUCUAUCGACUGUUACCGAGUCUAACCGACGUCGCAAAAAGAAGAAUGCAGCUAACCACCCAGCUCAGCUCCUUGUAAACUUUGUCGACAAUAAAGCAAACGAUCCAAAGAUAGUUACACUAGCUGUUGAGGAGACAAAAUGCGUCUGCAACAAUGAGAGUAUUCAAAAUAACAAUAUGACCGUGACACCUCUGAAAGAUACUGUUUUAGAGGAUAAUGGAAAUAUUUUCUUAAAGGACCUUGGUUUUGGCAACAUUGGUGUUGCUCACAAUGAUAAUUAUAUCCCUGAUCACGCUAAUGUUUAAAUGAAGCGUAAAAAUUGACACGAAUAUCUCAUAUAAUUUAUCACUUCUCAAUGCAUUUCUCAUUUAAUUUUGGUUUAUAACGUUACAAUUUAUUUUACUUAAAAUUUAAAGGGCACUCAGGAAGGAUCUCA